AUGGUAUUCACCACUACUCUUCCGCUCACUCCAACGCACGGGGGCAUUGACGUUUGCCUGCUCGACACGGCCGGCAAGAUUGCUGAGGUUGUCGCGCUGUUCAAGAGCAACGCCGUGACCACCAUCGCCGUCGACAUUGAGGGUCGCAACCUGGGACGCGGAGGGCUCAUUGCAACAAUCCAACUGCACGCGCCAGAGUCGCCGACAACCGUCUAUGUCGUCGACGUGGUGGCGGUCGGGGCAACCCAAACUUUCUCGCACGAAACGGGUUUGAAAGAGCUGCUCGAGUCGAGCCAAGUCACCAAGCUCUUCUUUGACGGUGGCUCGUACGAUGUGUGGUUUACUCGCCCGCUUUCCGCCAUCCUCAUCGAGUACCUCACAGACGUGCACAUCUUUUCCCAUCUCUUGACCGCCCUGCUUCCGGAGGACCAGCGCGCCAUCCAUCGUCCUGCCAUCGAGCGUGCCUCGUCCCGCCGUUUGAAUAUUGCGCACGCGCUCGACUUUUCAAAGGACAAUUCCCGCAACAAGCUCGUCGACGACGAGCCCUUCAUCGACGAGAUUGUUUCCAACUGCUCGAGUUCUGUCCGUACCAGGAUUAGCAAUGAACGCGCUGAACUUCUCCGCAUCCAAGCGCUCCCAGUGAAGGACCGUGUCAGAACACGGGGCGGCGGACCCAGUGCCAUGCAGGAGGUGUCGGAAGCUCUUCGUGGCCACCGAACAAUCCAGCCGGUCAUCCUCUGGGACGUGGUCCAGUUCAUCUGUGCGCACAACCGCUGGUUUUCGUCGGAAGACUAUAUGGCGUUUCUCGAGCUUGCCAUGAGCAGCUACUACCUCACCAUCAAGCAGCGGCAGACCUGUAGCGAUUGGCGCUCGCGUAACGGUGCGCACAAGAACCAGCGCUACACCGACGAUGAGUGCUACGAUUACGAUGAUGCCGAUUCUGACUGA